AUGGUCACAUUAGGAGUUGCCUGUGCAACGAUAAGUUCAGCCAACGUAAACCAAAAGGAGGAUAUAAAUAACUCCAAGAGUACUUCGGAUUAUGUGAUCGGAAUCAGCCUUCUCUCCAUUGCUUUAGUAUUAUCCUGUUUUAUGGGCCUUUAUCAAGAAUUCACUUAUGUAAAAUAUGGAAGUAAUUGGCGAGAAGGUUUAUUUUAUACACAUUUUUUAGCGCUUCCACUUUUCUUGAUAUUUUAUUCAGAUAUGAAAGAACAGAUUCAAGGAUUCAAUCAAUCCAUGCCGGUAUCCCUAGAAAAAGCAUUUUCCAUGCUACCUGUUGAUAUUUAUAUACCAAAUAGUAUUAAUCAAGUACUAAAAAGUUGUGUUAUUCCAAGGACUUGGACAUAUCUCAUUAUGAACGUGCUAACUCAAUAUGUUUGUAUUUCAGGUGUACAUAGAUUAAAUUCAAUAGCAACAGCAUUAACUUUAAAUUUGGUAUUAAAUUUACGUAAAUUCACUUCAUUAGUAAUCUCAGUUUGGUACUUUGAUAAUGAAUUCCAUAUUGGAAUGGCUAUUGGUGGUAUUUUGGUAUUUUCUGUAGCAGCAGCAGUUCAUCAAGCAUUGUGA